GGCCUUCCAUCUCGCUUUCUUUCUUGCUUGCCUUCUUGAGGACCGACCAAUCGAUCAUCACCAACUUGAAUUUCAGAUUUGGGGAAAGAGACGACAUGUCUGCUCGUCACGGUCACGAGAUGAGUGCGGCGCUAAGGGUGUCGCACCUUCCCCUGGUCCGCUCGGCGCUGCAGUCGCUGACCUCGGUGUACUCGGAGGCCAAAAGUCGCUACCCGCUGCUGGGCCUGGUGGGAGGCGUGGCCGAGGCGGGGGUCCGGAACGCCUCCGUGGCGGCCUUGAGCAGCGCCGAGCCCCUCGCGCAGACCCUCGGGCCUCAGAUCGAGGUGGCCAACAGUUUUGCUCUGGCGGGUCUGGACCAGCUGGAAAGGACCUUCCCCAUCCUCAACCAGUCCACCGACGAGGUGGCGGCUCACCUGAAGGACGCCUUCUUCCUGACUCUGGACGACAUGCAGCUGUGGGUGGCGGACGGGCUGGACGGAGCCCUGGACCAGAUGGAGCGUCUGUCUCACGCCGCCUGGGCGGCGGCGAGGCAGCUGCAGGACUCGCAGGUGGGACGCGCCGCCUCGUCGGGUCUGGACGACGUGCUGGGCCGCCUGGAGAACGCCGGCGCCUACUACAUGCCGCUACCGCCCACGCUCCGUCGCGAGUGGGAGACGAGGGUUCGGGAGUACGAGGACGAAGACGACGACGACGAGCCCGGCGCGUGGACGCGGGUCCGCGGCCUCCUCCUCAGCAUCGGCCUGCAGCUUUACCGCCGCGCGGUCGAGGUCCGAGAACAGCUGGAGGACGCGUCCGGAACCCUGGGGGAUGCCGUCCAAGCGGUGGGGCCGGGGGCCGUCCUGGAUCUGCUGGCGCGGCUGCUGCGGUCCCUGCAGAGGCUGCUGGUGGCGCUGGUGUACCGCGCAGAGAGCCUGAGGGAGCUGAGCCUGGGCCGCCUUCGGGAUCAAGCCCUCGCGCUGGCGGAGCUCCGUCCCGCUCGGGACAUCCGAGAGCUCCCGUUUCAGGUCCGGCGGCUCCUCGGGGAUCUUCGGGAGCUCUCCGAGAUCCUCGUGCAACUCGUCGUCAACGCCACGCCGCUCUACAACGCGCUCCGGCAGCCGUCCGACAAAGAGGUGGAGGACUUCCUGAACCGGGAGGACUUCCGCUCGUCCCGCCGCGGCUCGGCUAACAGCCUCUUCCUGAAGGCCAUGGACGGACGUCCUCGCCGGCGCAAGAGUCUCUUCUCCAGGGCCGUCCGCGGCCCGGGCCCCGACCCCGCCGCCUCGGGCCGCCGCUCCAGCCUGAAGCAGGACUCGGAGGCGGACGGCGCCCGACGCCGCCCGUCCGCCACCGAGCUCAUCCUCACGCCGCUCAAGCAGUUAGUUUCGCAGAGCCAAAAGGCUUUCGAGUACCUCAACCCCAACUCCGCAGAAAAGUCCAUCGACAGCGCCGCCGACUGACCGACGAGCCCCCGCCCCCGCCCCCGCCCCCGCUCCAGCUCCCGCUCCCGACAGAUUAGGUAACUCCCAGUUGAUGUCGGUCAGCGCGUUCGCCUUCUCCAACGGAACGGUCGCAAAACGACCUUAAGCUCAGCGCUCGCUCUCACUCUACGCACGCAGCACUUCCGCGUUUGGGGUUAGGGGGUGUGCCGACGUUCGGUCGCCGGGCGAACACGUCGAACCUGACGACGUGCGAAACAUUUUGAAACUAAAAGCGAUGUUGGCGGGCGACUCUUUAAAAAGUCAUCACCUUUGAUGAAAUUUCAACCUUGAAAAGUAUCAGCAUCGAACGACUGAAUAUAGCCGUGCCAAAUGACACAAGCCCACGUCAUCGCGCAUUUCCACAAUGAGGUUUCUUUUUCUGUCAGACGGCGUGAAAACGAGGCAAAGCGGAAACCGCUACGCCUCCUCGCCGGAAAGGCUCCACGCGUUGCCGUGCGCACGGUCCGCUCCGCUUCCCCGGACUCUCUUCUCGACCGCCGUCACGCCACUCCACGCGUUGAGAAUUCCGCUCCCUUCGGCUCUCGCUCGACCGCACGUGCCGCCUGCGAGGCGAGGCCGGCUUCCGAAGCCUCGGAAUUCUGAGCGGUUGCGGCUAAGCGGCCAACGGCGAACGCUAACGGCUACGCUGAAAGGAACGACGACGCCUGCUAUCUGCUAACUUGUAAACCGGUCACGUGACAGGUGGCCGAGGUCAUAGGUCGCGGGGGCGUGCGUGUCGGCGAUGUCCUCCAAUAAAGCUUGCAGUACCUUCAUCGUGUGACCGCUCAUCUUCCUCCCGUGCGUUUGCAUGUUCCGGCGUGUUCGGAGCCCAUU